UCACCAGAAAUCCGGCAGAAACUAGACAGGCUUAACUAAGCCCUGUAGUUCUCUGGCAACACAUCUCCUCUCUUCAUUCUUUUAUGUACACAAUGGAAGCAAAAGAAACUUGAAGAGGAAUCCUAGGUUUGGUUUUCAAAUUGACUCAGAAGCAAUUUCCCCUAACAUGAUUAUCCAGGAAUCCUGGAACACACAGUUAAUGCAAAGUAGUGUAAUCUCCUAUGGGAAGCUCAGCCAUCCCCUGGCUAAUAUUGUGCUUAUCUCAUGUAGUGGCAGGUUUAAAUACUCAUCUCCUGUUACUAAAACAGUUGUACAAUCUGUGAAGCUGCGAUAAGUAAGGACUGGGCCAGGUAUAGCCAAAUUACACUCGGCUGAUUGGAAGCAGCCCUGAGCUGGGGUGGCAUAGACAGUGCCCAUGUGGCAACACCAAGCUCGGAGCCAUCUGCCUGUGUCCUGCAGCCCUGCCUGCACUCCGCAUCCUUGAGUCUGAGCAGGAAUGUGUCUGUGCUGGUCUUUGCUCAGAUUUCCCAAACUUUGACUGCUGUGACCUCAACUUACCUUGAACUGCAUUACUACAGCAAUGCUACACCUGAGUCAUUCGCAGAUCUGGCAGACAAUGUGUUUCUUUGGCUGCAGCACAGUGGUGACUUCCCUGCCAGUGGCGUAAGGCAGAAUUGCUCAGUGCUGGUGGCUCUUUCGCCUUUGAUCUUGUAAUAUGUUCCAGGCAAGGUGAUUGCAUCUCCUGGUGUCGGCUUUCUGCCAAUUGGGAAUUCCCAGGUUUGUGCAAGACUUCCCCCUUUAAAGCGCCUUGUCCUUGAGUGCCCCUGAUCAUCCUCUUGGGUGACUUCCAGAUACCAGACAUGGGGCUUUCUAAAGCUUGUGCCUCUGCUGUGCUUUUGGAGCUGUCUGCUCUGGAGACCUGUGCCCUGGACAGCUAUGGUGCAGCUGUCUAUGAGCACAACGUGGUCUUGUCAGAGGAUGCUGAAGUGCCAGUUUCUCCUGAGGAGGCCUUGAUGCUGAUGGACAAAAAUAUGGCAUUUUUGGAAGCAGCCAUCAAAGAAGCAGCCAGCCAGGGUGCCCAUAUCAUUGUGACUCCUGAAGAUGGCAUUUAUGGCUGGGUUUUCACAAGGGAAACAAUAUACACUUGUCCUGAGGAUAUCCCAGACCCACAGGUGGACUGGAUUCCAUGUGCUGAUCUUGAAAGGUUUACUGCCUCACCAGUGCUGGGAAGACUGAGCUGUCUGGCAAGGAAUAACUCCAUCUAUGUGGUUGCAAAUAUGAGAGACAAGAAGCUGUGUAAUUCUAGACCCAAGCACUAUCAGUACAAUACCAACAUUGUCUUUGACUGAAGACUGUUGGCUCGUUAUCACAAGUACAAUCUUUUUGUGACAGAGAAACGGUUUUAUUACCCCAAGGAUCUAGGAUUUGUGACUUUCAAUACAUCCUUUGGCUACUUCUGAGAUAUCCUCUAUCAUGACCCAGCUGUGGUCUUGGCAAGCAGAUUUCAGAUUGACACCAUUCUGUUCCUAACUGCUUGGGGUAAUCUUCCACUGUUGUCAGCUGUCCAGUUUCACUCAGCAUGGGCCGUGGAAGUGGGUGUCAGCUUUCUUUCAGCAGAUACACACAACUCCACUUUAGGUAUGACAGGCAGUGAUAUUUUUGCCCCAGAUGGUCCAAGAGCAUAUUAUUACAAUACAGAAAUGGAAAAUGAUCAUCUUUUGGUGACAGAAGUGAGUUCACACCCACAACUGUCUCCUGGCUAUACUGCUGCUGUUAACUUGAAGUUGUAUGCCGGUAGCAUCAAACAGCUUCCAUCAAACAGCCCAUCAAACAACCAUAGUUUCAGUGGGGUCAUUUACCAUGAUCUCUUCUCCUCCAUGGAGCUCACUGAACCUGAGGGCAAUCGUGCCUUUUGCCAGCAGAACCUCUGUUGCCACCUGAGUUAUAAGAUUACAGAGAAGCAGAAAAAAGACGUUUAUGUUCUGAGUGCCUUUGAUGGGUUACAUGUUGUUGAACAAGAGUAUUAUUUGCAGAUAUGUACACUGCUCAAGUGCAAGAGUACAGACCUGAAUACGUGUGGGCAGCCAGUGGAGACAGCUCAGACCAAGUUUGACAUGUUCUCCCUCAGUGGCACGUUUGGCACUGUGUCUUUCCAGAGUCUUGUGCAGUGGGGUGCAGCUGGCCUAUGGGGAGUUUGAGGUAGUGGGACACCAUUGUAAGUUGUUAGACUUGUAACACAAGAUGUCAGAAAGCUACUACAAGACACUGGGGCAACUUGGUAUUAUCACUAUCCUCUAUUUUAGUAACUGGCUUGAGUUUAAUGAAGCUUUAUUUCUGCCUUAUUUCCCUGGUUGCAUUCAUACAGCAAAUCCAUUUUGCCAGUUCCCUUCUUCCCUGUCCCCUGAAAUCCCCUAGAACAAGGUCUUGCUAAAGACAGAAAUGUAGUUUUGCUCGGACUUUGUGAUAGCUCCAAGUGAGCUAUCACAUCUCUCAACUAAGUCAACAUUAAUGAAUAUAUUAUUCUGUGUUUGUCAUAUAAUACUACUGCUGUGCUGAUAUUCCUGUUUAUUUUACUUUUCCAUAGCUAAAAGUGCUAGCUGAUGGAUGUCUGAUAAGUUGGACUAGAAUAUCAAAGCCAGUUUUGAGUGUAACACUCUUUGGGAGGGGGCAUGGAAAGGACCUACACACACAGAGCAAGUUUCACUGUGAUUUCACUGCAGAACCUUUAAGAUCUCAUCUGCUUGUUUCUGUAACGCUAAUUAAAUAUAUUUAAUAAUAAUUCUAAUUAUGUCAAUUAAUAUUAUACCCAUAAUUAUAAUGACAUUCUAUUUCUGAAGUUCCCUUAUCUAUCAACAUAGUCAUUGCACACCAAUUUGUUUACUUGAUUUUUCAGCAAAAAUAAAUGAUUCUGCUAAACAGUUCUGUAUGUUUUUAUAUAAUAGCAUUGGUUGUCAGACCUCAACACGAGAGACAAUAGAAAAUAAAUUCUUUGACUUUAGUGGUGUAGUAUUCAGGCACAUAGCAGUUCAUUGUGGCCCGAUAACAACAGAUUUCUAAUUCUUCGAAAAUUUUUAGUAUUAGGAGUCAUUUCCACAAUACUGUUCUGCCCCACUUCUGAACACUUUUCUAAAACAGAGAUUAACAGAACCUUUGAAGGCCAAUAGUUGAACUUUUAUCAUUUUCUAUGAAAAAGAAAACAACACUCGAAACACCAUUGCUUCAAAACCAGUUAUUCAACUCAGCACAGAAUGUAAAGUGUUAUCAUGCCAUAACCUCACUUACAGCUGGAGGACUCUACUUGAAUCUUUCUGGCCAGAGUUUUACCAAGUGCAAUAUUUCCUUUCCAUAAAACUAUUGAUACCUGUGUUACCUUUUUCAAGCAUUCAGGUGGAUCCAUAUAAAAAAAAUUCUCAAAAUGAGCAAUUUUGCAAGUGCUUACGCGUCUUCCAAUUAAAUGGUUGCUUGUGCUGGUGUGAGGAAAAGUCUCGAGUGUGCAGGUAGGUGUGUUGGGAAAGGCUGGUGAACAGAUUGAAUGCACCAGCACGUGUGCGGGAGCAGGCCCUGCAAACUGUACUUUCUAAGCAAGUGGGCUGGAUUACUUCACGUGAUGCAGCUAAGAUUUCUAUGUGGGGUUAAUUCUGUUGUUUGUUCUGAAAUAAAAACAUUAUUCACAUUUAGUCUGACCAAUGUAAUAAAAAGUAAACUUGCACGAUGCAAAAUACAUUGGGUUUGAACAAAGUGAACAUUGUAGAAACAAGAUUUUAGUCUAUACAUGUAUUGAAUUGUCACCCUCUACAAUUCAUAUAAUAGAAGUAAUGGAAAACACUCUUACUUGUUUGUGGAGAAAAAGUACUCUAUUUCUAAAUUUAUUUCUGUGCCGCAG